UUGUAUAUUUUAACCGCAUUUUAAGUUGAACGCCAACGCAACAAAGACCAAACUGGAUUGCUAUUUUAAUAUUUGGCGUUUGAAGACAAUACAAAGAGAGGAAAAGGAUAUACAUUUAAAAAUCGUGGAAAGUAUUAAAUACAAGAUGGCUUUUAAGGGAAAACAUGCUAUAGUAACAGGCGGUGCCAAUGGCAUAGGCUUACAAGUGGUUAAACAAUUGCUAAUGCAUGAUGUACAUAAAGUGGCCAUAAUAGAUUUACAGGACAACUUGGAAGAGAUAGUUAUUUUAAGAGCUGCCUUUCCAGCUCAACACUUGUUGUUAAUCAAAAUGGAUGUGGCCAAUGCUAAGGGUAUUGAGGCUACCUAUGAGGAAAUUUUAAAAACUUUUGGCCAUUUGGAUAUAGUGGUUAAUGUGGCUGGUCUUUUCAACGAUCAAGAUGUUCAACGUACUUUAAUGGUAAACUUGGGUGGCAUGAUUAAUUCCAGUUUAAAUGCCAUGAAAGCAAUGAGUAAGGAAAAGGGUGGCAAAGGAGGCUUAAUAUGCAACAUGGCCUCAGUGGUGGGUUUAGAUCCCAUGUUUUUGGUGCCAAUAUAUGCGGCCACAAAGGCAGGAAUUAUUAAUUUUACUCGCUGCUUGGGAAAAGAAAUUUAUUACCAACGUCAUGGUGUUAAGUUUAUAACAGUUUGUCCAGGCGCUACCAUUACCGAUAUGUUUACCAAUUUCACUGAAAAAAUGCUAUUUCCAGAAAUGAGUGAUGAAUCGUAUUUGGUAUUAGAUCGUUUAAAUAAACAAAGUGCUGCUGAUGUUUCACGCUGUAUUUUAAGUGCUUUGGAGAAACAAGAAAAUGGCUCUGUUUAUAUUAUAGAGGGAAAACGUUUGUUUCCCAUUGAUAUGAAACGUUAUUGGACGGGUAUAGAGAAGGAAUUAAAUGAAUAAGAGGUGUACGAAAGAUAAUUAUUUCUUUUCAAAUGUGAUAGCAAAUAAGAAGCUUAAUAAUUUUAUGAUUUCAUUUUUAAAAUAAAUAUUUACAUACCUGUUAUUGUUCUUUUUAAAAUA